AUGUCUCGUGUAAAGAACCUCUUAGAGCGCGGUGUCCCUGUUGAUAGCAGAGACUCUGCUGGCUACACUGCACUACAUUAUGCUGCACGGGCUGGACACGCUGCCAUAUGCCAACAACUUAUUGCAGCUGGAGCGUUGUUGGACACAAAGACACGUGCUGGAGGAGCUACACCUCUACACAGAGCAGCAGCAUCUGGUAAACUACAUAUUGUCCAACUGUUAUUGGAAGCUGGGGCAAAUAGUGCAGUUACUGAUGCAGAUGGGAGAACAGCUUUACACCGUGCUGCAGAGGAAGGACAUUCUGAUGUUGCAGAAUUGCUGUUAAAGAAUAAUAUACAGUUAAACAACACGAAAGAUAUUAAAGGGCGCCUAGCAGUUGAAUGUGUUAAGGAUCAGACCAUGCUUUCUGUUUUUUUAUAA